AUGAAGUACCAAAAGCAGAAUGCACUACUUGGGCAGACAGGUGCCAGGCACACCUAUGAGGAUCUUGCAUGCAGCAACAGCACAAAAAAUAUAAUUGCAAUGAUUGAGAGGGAGUUUCCUUGGUGGGGAGAAUUGCAUGGGUGGUGGUGCACAAAUCCUGCCUACAACAGUACCUGGAGUGCUGCUGAUAGUGGGCAGAAUUUCACUAGGUGUGCAGUUGAACUCUUCAAGCUGUGGCCAAACCCACCAUCUGGAGAUUUCAUUGAUCCUGCUGCAGGCCCACUGAAUUCAUCUCAGCUGGAAGAGGGUGAAAUAGUGGAGGGUGGUGAUGAUUUUCAUACUAAUGACAACUUUUUUGCAGAUGAUUUGGAACUGAUGAAUGUUGAUGUUUUUGCUUGCACCCCACCAUCCUUCAAUUUCUCUGAGUUGUCUGCUGUCAUCUCUUCUCCCUCCUCUACUUUUAACAGAGUUAAUUCCAUCAGCUUGAAUGAUGACCCCCCUCCCUUCAUAUCCCAUUGUCCAAAACUUCAGCCAGCAUGUCUGUCCCUCAAGCAGGAUCAACCCCUCCUUAAACACUGGUCAGCCUCCACUCCAAAUACAGAUGACUCCUCCAACUCUGACAUUGCUUCAUCCAAUUUGUUCUCAGCCCUUUGUCUCUCAUCAUCUUCCCCCUCCAGCAUCACUGCUCUCUCUGAUGAUAGCAAUUCCAAGCUGUCAUCAAAGCCAUCCCAUAAGUGUGCAUGGGAAACCCCUGCUGACAAGCUUUCUUUGGAUCUUGCAUCUGCUUCAUUAACUUUCAUUAAGCAAUUUCAACAGGUGUGGCAGGAUAGGUCAGAGGUCAAGUGUCACUGGCUGGAGUACAGAUACUGGAGGACUCACCAGAAGGCCACUGCUCUCUCAGCCAAUCAUGAACACCAACUUACUAUGCAAUGUGAGCUGUUCACACAUGAGGAGAUGAUGGUGGCUCAAGAGUUGGAGAAGAUGAAGCUCACCAUCAAGUUGGAGGAACUUCAUGCUCAGAACCUUGCCUUGCAAAAAGGCAUAGAUGGCAGUGAGGAUCAAGGCCCUUUGUCUAGCAAUCAAGAUGUUUAUCUGCUUUGA